UCCUCUAACCCACCGUCUAUGAUCGCUCAAACCCGCCUUACACAUUUCGCUUUUACACCCUUCACCAUUUGAUGUGCUAGUUACCGAUGUCCCAUCGCAGACCUCGCAGGCAUCCUCACCCUAUCAUGCGCUAUACAGACACUCCGCCAAUCAGCUGUUCCGAACGUGUCUAUCCUCAUAGCCAAUCGAUCUUCCAAGCUACGCUAUUGGUGUAUUUUGCCCUAUCAGUCAUUGACACAUCAAGCGACUUUGCUUGGCAUAUGUCCAUACGUGUAGGCAAUCAAUUGGUGUAUUGGCUUGCUUCGAAGCGGUGUUGCCCAGUUACGCCUUUGCGCACUUGUUUGCCUUUUGUGCUUAUCCUUGCUUGGCUUUUGGAUCGGUGUUCCGUGGUAUCUACUGAAGUUUCUAUUGCUUUCUUGUAUAAGGAAACCGUUUGAGCACCACAGUUGCACCGGCAUUGAGUUUUUGACUUAUCCCGGGGAUUGCGAAUCCGUUCCGGUCUUGAAUUUCGAUAACCGGUGGCUGCGCGUAUUGCUCAAGGUUUCUAAGCGUUUUAUCGCUUACAGUGCUCAAACGAUUUGAUUUGGUGAGCCCGGUUUGACCAACACUCGGAUCGUGACUACUGGAUUGAAUCACCGUUUGGAUUCCGCUAUGCCUUUGACGAGGAGAUCGGCGAAUAUCCUGACUUCUGUUGAAGACCCGCGGCAAGUUGAACAUGUUCCCAUUGUUGAUGAUGCCUCUUCUACUUCUGGAUCGCAUCAUAGUGUUUUAAGUAAAUCCAGCAGAAUUUCGCAUAAGGCGUUAAGGGCUCUUAAGCUAGCGGAACUCAAGAAAUUAAAGGCUGAAACUGAGAUUGAGAUAGCGAAACUGCAGCUAGAUGGCGGGGAGGAGUUAGAUGACGUUGAGCGACUCUCCCCUGCUAAAUGUAAGCAGGUGAACCGAUUCUUGGAGGAUUGUGGAAAUAGCGUGCCGAUUGAGGAGAUCCAUAAGCCCUUUGCAAGCCAGUCACAAGUGCCUUGUCGACCAUUUGUAGAACUUCCUAAGGUCGAGCUUGAAAGUUUUGAUGGUAACCCGGCUACUUAUUGGAAAUUUGUGAAACAAUUUGAGUACUUCGUCGAGGAUAGAGUCAGUGACAGUGGUCAGCGUUUAUUGUAUUUGAUUUAUUAUUGUAAGGGCAGGGCUAAAGAGGCUAUCAGUGAGUGUGUUAUGUUGCCCCCAGAACAGGCUUACGAGAGGGCUCGAAACAUACUUCGUGAACUCUUCGGCCAGUCUCACAUAGUAGCCCGGUCAUUGAUUGAUAGCUUAUUCUCCGGGUUAAGAUUGUUACCUAACGACCAAGAUGCGUUGUCUCGUUUGUCGCUAAAGAUGGAGAAUUGCUAUGUUGCGCUGUCGCAGAUGAACUUUACCGCAGAUUUAAACUCUGUGACCACCAUCGAGCGGCUGGUUCGUGCCCUGCCGGGCAGCUUGCAAUCAAGGUGGGCAAGGGCAGCGGACGUAAUCGUCCAAGAGGGUCGAGAGGUUCUCUUCAGAGAUCUUGCUGACUUUGUAGCUACCGAAGCCCGAGUCGCCCGUAGCAGAUUUGGGCAAAUAGCCAACUCCAGCGCUUUGAGAAAUCAAGGUACCGUGCGACCGUCCAGAGCGAAGGAUAAAGAAAUGGAGUACAAUGUCGCCUUAUAUACUGUUGCUGAUCAGUCCAGCCGAAAUGUCUGUACAGUUUGUGACGAUGUCCAUAGGACGGAAUCGUGCCCAAGGUUCCUGGCGUCCGAGGUUCCCGUUCGUUGGGAGCUCAUCAGAACUAAGGGCGGAUGCUAUCGAUGUCUCAAUCUCGGUCACCGAGCUGUAGCUUGUCAUGGGAGUAAAGGAUGCGGGCGAGCCAAUUGUAAGGGUAACCACCACACUCUGUUACACACAGAUCGAAGGCCAAGACAAGCGGUAGGUGUAUCUGACUCUCCGCCCAAGGACCCUGGCAGUUGCCACGCUGUCUCUGCUGAUGCCGGGAAAAUUGCUCUGGGAAUUGUACCAGUGCGGCUAGAAGGACCCUUGCUUUCUGUUGAAACAUACGCUUUACUUGACAGCGGCUCCGACGUCAGUCUGGUACAGGACGAUCUACUGCGAGAGGCUGGUAUUGAAAUAAAUCCGGUUUCGCUGAAGAUGCAAACAGUGAGCGGUAUUAGUUGUCUGGAAUCCGGCGUCGCCAGUUUUCGUUUGCUGUCGUUGGACGGUAGUGAGUCGAUUGAAGUGCGACGUGCUUAUUGCUUGAACCGUUUGCCCUUGCGUCCAGUCAAGGAAUCUGUUAGUCAGGUAGCAGCUCGAUGGUCACAGCUAUCGACCGUUGAUUUCCAAGAGCUGAAGGAUUCCCGCGUUAGAAUACUUUUGGGAGCUGAUGUUCCAGAGGCACAUUGGCAGAUAGAACAACGACUCGGAGGUCGUGGUCAGCCCUUCGCGGCAAGGACCCUACUUGGAUGGAUAAUGUUGGGUCCGGUAGAUGGGAGCCGCCAAGCUCACGUGUCCAUAAAUUAUGUACGAGAGGAUGAGUUAUCGCUGGAAGAGAGGUUAAGGCUUUUGUAUGACGCUGGAUUCGAAGAUGUUGGCUCGAACACCCGCGCACUCUCCGUUGAAGACAACGCCGCGCUGUCGAUAGCGAAAACUUCCGUACGGCUUGUAGAUGGGCAUUUCGAAGUGGCCCUUCCUUGGAGAAACAAGAACGCGGUGGUUGCACACAAUUACGAAUCUGCUCGGUACAGACUGCAGUGCUUAAGCAGACGAUUGUUGAGUAAUCCGGAUCUCCGAGAUCGAUAUGUGACAGCAAUGAAGGCGAAUAUCAAGAAAGGUUAUGCCGUUCCUGUGCCUCCCUACCAAUUGCAGCCCCACUAUUCUCCCAGGUGGUAUUUACCACACCACGCCGUUAUCAAUCCAAAGAAACCUGAAAAGCUUCGUGUGGUCUUUGAUUGUGCCGCAAAAUAUAGAGGGGUUUCUCUAAACGACCAGUUGUUGCAAGGUCCCGAUACCACUGCGGACUUGGUCAGUAUACUGCUGCGCUUCAGGACUGAGAGAGUAGCUAUAUCCGCUGACAUUGAAGAUAUGUUCAUGCAAGUGAAAGUGCCGGAAGCUGACAGGGGCGCGUUACGUUUUCUUUGGUGGAAAAAUGACGAUAUCGGUUCAGAAGUGAUGGAAUAUCAGAUGACAGCGCAUCCCUUUGGCGCGACUUCAUCCCCAUUCUGCGCUAAUUUUGCCUUGUGCCAAACCGCCGUUAUGUGGGGACCUCACUACAAUGCCAACGUGGCGACGGCGGUCCGCCAUAAUUUUUAUGUCGAUGACCUUUUGAUUGCGUUGCCGUCGGUAUCGGAAGCCAUACCUUUUGUAGCCCAAAUCAGAGAGAUGUUGAGUAAGGCCGGCUUCAAGUUGUGGAAAUGGGUCUGCAGCCAUACAGACGUGUAUAAGGCAGUUCCGCCAGCAGAAAUUGCUGAGCCUGUCAAACCGAUAGCGGAAAUAUCAGGUUUCGUCCGGCGGACCCUCGGCUUGUGGUGGAAUGCCGAGGAGGAUACCUUUCUGUUUCAGUUCGGAUUGGCAGAAAAGAGUCCCACGAGAAGAGGUAUAUUGUCUGCGGUGGCAUCUAUCUAUGACCCUUUGGGGUUGAUAGCACCGGUUGUCAUGCCUGCUAAAUCAUUACUGCAAAGGCUAUGUCGGGACAAGUUACGUUGGGAUGAUCCAGUCGCCGGAGAGAAUGAAGAAGCCUGGCGUGCCUGGCUAAAUGGGGUGAGAGCUUUAGGAGUCCUAAAGGUUCCCAGAUGUAUUUACCACUCCUUAGAUUCUGUCGAACUGCCACAACUACAUGUAUUCUGCGAUGCCUCAGAGACCGGGUAUGGCGCAGUCGCGUACGUCAGAUUUCGCGCUGGUGAUCUCACACUGUGUUCUUUACUCUAUUCGAAGUCUAGAGUAGCGCCACUGAAAGCUAUCUCCAUACCAAGGCUAGAGUUGUCUGCGGCAGUUCUCGCUAUCCGAGUGUUUGAGAGCGUUCGUGAAAGGGCCCAAAUGAAAUUCGAGCGAGUUUGGUUUUGGACCGACUCCACCACAGUUUUAUAUUACAUUAACAACAUGUCUGGCAGGUUCAGCACUUUUGUGGCCAAUCGACUGUCGACCAUUCACGCGUUUUCGACACCCUGUCAGUGGAGAUACGUUAACUCGGGAUGUAAUCCUGCCGAUCCGUUAUCGAGAGGCACGUACUCCACGGCGCGAUUGGAUAUUUGGUUUAGAGGACCGUGGUUCUUGGCGAGCGACGAAGAUGAAUGGCCUAAUUUCGCUCCACUGGUCGAGCCUGAUGAAGUUGAAUUUAAGCGUUCGACUGUCCAAGUAUUUGCCACUUCAAGCGAGAUACCACUGUCCGCCUUGCUUCGCGGGUGCUCUGAUUGGAUUAAAUUGUUAAGGUCAGUCGUGUGGCUUACACGAUUCGUAAGGUAUUUAAAGAAUCGCGUAUACGGAACCGAUAAUGACACACGGCGCACGGUGUUGAUCACUCUUGAUGAAUUCAACAAGGCAGAGGUUGACGUUAUUAGAAUGACGCAGAACGAAGUUUACGGAGCUGAGUUAAAACGACUUGAAGAGGCUAACGAAGGAGCGUCGACUCUUAGAAGCAUAGCGCGCCGGAGCGGUCUGAUGCGACUUUGUCCCAUACUACGUGGAGGGUUGCUGUGUCUGGGAGGACGAAUGGCUUAUUCGGAAUAUGAAAAUUCCUUCAAGUUUCCUGCAAUAUUACCUCCUAAGCAUCCAGUGACUGCGCUGUUAAUCAGAUUUUACCAUCUGCUUGAAGGUCAUUCUGGUGCUUCACAAGUGUUGGCGAGUCUACGCCGCAAGUACUGGAUCGUGAGGGGACUUUCUGCCGUAAAACGGUUGAUAGGGAGUUGCUGGACGUGCAGAAGACGGCUCGCCACUGCCGGUCAGCAAAUGAUGGCACCGCUGCCGUUACCUCGAAUAGAAAAGGGAUGGCAUCCUUUCAAAUUCGUGGGCGUCGAUUACUUUGGGCCGUUUAUGGUCAAGCACGGAAGAAAACGAGAGAAACGGUAUGGAUGCCUAUUCACGUGCCUGCAGACCCGAGCAGUUCACAUUGAGUUAUCCUGUACCUUGAAUACAGACUCCUUUAUUAUGGCCUUGAUGCGAUUCGUUGACCGCAGAGGUACACCAGCUGAAAUAUUUAGUGACAACGGAAGCAACUUUGUGGGAGCGGUUGCGGAACUGAGGGCCGCUACGAAGGAGUGGUCGCAAAAGCGAAUUAAUGAUAAACUGCUAUGCCUCGGAGUUCAGUGGCAUUUUAAUCCGCCGGCGUCCAGCCACAGAGGUGGAGUGUGGGAACGUAUCAUUCGAUCGGUUAGGCGAGUUCUACUAUCAAUCGCCACGCAACAAGUAAUGUGUGAAGAGGCUUUGCGCACACUGUUAGUUGAGGCAGAGCGUAUCAUUAACAGUAGACCGCUGGUCCCUCUAACUUCUGAUCCUACCAAUCGGCAGGCUCUAACUCCGAACGACUUACUGAUACUUCGGCCCAGUGCAUCGGGCUUAUUGGCUGAGUCUUUGCCUGACACUUACAGUCGUUAUUGGCGGCAGGUACACUACCUAACUGCAUUGUUUUGGAAAAGAUGGAUUAGAGAAUAUCUGCCGCUGUUGCAAGCUAGACAGAAAUGGCUAUAUCCGCGUCGGAAUUUCAGGCCAGGAGACGUUGUUUUAGUCGCUUCUGAAGCUAUCGCGCGCAGUAUGUGGCCCUUAGGCAUUGUAGACAGCUGUGUCACGUCGGAAGAUGGGCUCGUCAGAACAGUGCUGGUCAAGACGAAGGAGGGUUUAGUCAAGAGGGAUGUGAGAAAAAUUUGUUUGUUAGAGGGUAGCGGUUCGGAGGAGGGUGUAGUUCCGGCUGUUGACUCUCCGCAGGCGGGAGACGGGUUUUCGGACCUGUCGCACCAGGGAGGACCGCUGUGAGUUCAACAGUCGAAGUGGGAGGCCUCUGGCGUACCGGUGUAAGUCCUUUGGCCUCCCAGCGUGGAUGGAGCGGAAGGGAUAGGCGAUCCAGAGUAGAAUGCAUCGCGAUCCUAUGAAAAUCCUGACCGGAUUUGGCGGGGAGUGUAUCAGAGAGCUCAAUUUGUCCAGUCGUUUGGAACUCUCACCACAUUGUUUCCCUACAACUCCUUAUUAUGGACAGCCCAUUUCCCUUUGAAUGUGCCAGAACCCCGGCUGCUUGUUUUACCUACCCCUUGAACAUUGAUAAACCAUUCGACUUUGCUCCUCUAACCCACCGUCUAUGAUCGCUCAAACCCGCCUUACACAUUUCGCUUUUACACCCUUCAUCAUUUGAUGUGCUAGUUACCGAUGUCCCAUCGCAGACCUCGCAGGCAUCCUCACCCUAUCAUGCGCUAUACAGACACUCCGCCAAUCAGCUGUUCCGAACGUGUCUAUCCUCAUAGCCAAUCGAUCUUCCAAGCUACGCUAUUGGUGUAUUUUGCCCUAUCAGUCAUUGACACAUCAAGCGACUUUGCUUGGCAUAUGUCCAUACGUGUAGGCAAUCAAUUGGUGUAUUGGCUUGCUUCGAAGCGGUGCUGCCCAGUUACGCCUUUGCGCACUUGUUUGCUUUUUGUGCUUAUCUUUGCUUGGCUUUUGGAUCGGUGUUCCGUGGUAUCUACUGAAGUUUCUAUUGCUUUCUUGUAUAAGGAAACCGUUUGAGGUUUGUCACUUUUGGUAUUUGUUGUUAUUAUUCAAUAGCACCACAGUUGCACCGGC